AUGCAAAAUAACACAACUGCUGCUAGUACAAGAUUAAUAUUAGAAGAACAAAAAUGUACAAGUGCUGAAAACAUUGAUAAUAACAGGAAUCUACCAAUACAAAGUAGAGAAAUUAUGAAAAAAAUUACAGACCUGACUUACUUAAUAUACCAAAGAGAAUAUUCUGCAGAAUGGUUACAACAAUUGAAGGUUCUAAAUAGUGUUUAUGAAAAGAUGAGUGGUAUGGCAAAUAAAGAAGAUGGGCUAAACUUAUUACCUUUUAAACGCAAUUCAUCAGCAUUAUUAGACUUGCCAAAAACUACAAAAAAAAAAAAAGAAUUAACCAACAAGACAAAUCAACAUGCUAAUAAACCAUAG